AUGAUGGAAGAAAAGCUAAAAUAUUCAUUCCUGCGUGAUUUUAACGAUGGACAAAGCAUAUGGACCAGGAAUGAAAAGCGAACCUGGUUCCUUACGCUCCUCACGGGCACCUGCAUGCUGUACUCGACCCGCACAACCAUGCCGCUGCUCGUACCGGCCGUGGCAGCCGAACGGAAGUGGAGUAAAACCGAUUCCGGCACAGUGCUGAGUUCGUUCUUCUGGGGCUACACGCUCACGCAGGUGCUCGGGGGCUAUCUAAGCGACAAGUUUGGUGGCCAGAAAGUCAUCCUCCUCGCGGCCAUCGGUUGGUCGCUGAUCACGUUCUGGAUGCCAAACAUCAUUACCUCGUCGACGCUGUUCGCGUCCUACUCCAUCCCGUUUAUUGUUACCGUUAGAAUAAUCAAUGGCGCCUGCCAGGGCGUGCACUUUCCCAGCAUGAUAAGCAUCACUAGUCAGAAUUUAAGCUCGUGCGAGCGGGCCAGCUUCUUCAGCAUACUCACGUCCGGGUCCGCACUUGGGACGCUCCUGACCGGCAUCGUCGGGUCGUUCCUGCUCGAUUACUUCGGUUGGCCAACCGCAUUCCGGGUGAUUGGCUUCCUCGGGCUCUCGUGGACGCUGUUCUUGCGGUAUUACACGAUGGCUUCUGACCGGAGCCGAAUUAUAAACAUCUCCCUACCGAGCCGGAUGUACACGAAGCUCGGCACGCCGGAAACGGUCCCGUGGUUGCGGCUAUUUGAGCGCAGCUCGUUCUGGGCCUGCGUCUUAGCGCAUGCCUGCGAGAUGAACUGCUUCUUUGUGCUGCUCUCGUGGUUACCGACGUAUUUUCACGAGAAUUUCCCCCAUGCUAAGGGCUGGGUGGUUAAUAUGAUCCCUUGGUUAGCGCUUCCACCGGUAACGUUCGUGGGAAAGCUACUCACGGAGCAUCUGCUCGCUAAGCAGUGGUCGCUGACGCGCAUCCGUAAGCUGGUCCAGAGCAUAUGCUUUCUGGGACAAAACUGUGCGCUAUUCAUCAUGUGCCGAACGCAAGAUUUCAACAUGGCACUGACAUGCAUGUCAAUUAUCAUCGGCCUCUCGGGAUUGCACAACAACGCGGUCACGGUUAACCCACAGGACCUCGCCCCGAGCCACUCCGGUAGCGUGUUUGGGCUGAUGAACACCGUCGGUGCGAUACCGGGCUUUCUCGGUGUGUACCUUGCCGGGCACAUACUCGAGCUAACGCAAUCGUGGUCGGCCGUGUUCAGUACAGCGGCCGCAAUCAACACAUUUGGGUGGCUCAUCUUUACGAUGUUCGGAUCGGCCGAAACGAUCGUCUAACUUUCGGUGAUGGCGGCGAUGGCUGCGGUGAACGGAAGGAGAAGCCCAAACCAAAAGUAGAUCGAUACAAUUUUGCCGCUACGCGGAUGUACAAAACACUCUCUUCUCCCUGCUCUACUUUUUCCACUCUUCUCCGCACGCAUUAAGUAAGCGUAUGGCCCCUAGCAUGCCCCUAUCAGGCAACGUUUUGGACUGAGGGAGUAAAAAUCUUAAGCAAAUCGCUCUUUCCUGGAUGUGGUGGGGUUGUGUUUAGGUCAGAAAACGCGACAGCAACCAGCACCGGAUCGCCGUUUCGUUGCGAGACCGGCGACCGGAGGUAGUUAAAACGACGUGGAUGGACGAAACACUGUUAGAUAUUGUCGAAAGAAAACAUAUAACAAAUAAAAACAAAACCAA